UCCUGCCCAAAGUUUAGACCCGACUGGAGCAAAAGUUUUUUUCUAGAAAGUGAGCAGCGGUGAUUUGUCCUGCGAACUAUGAAUCUUUCCUGUAAGAAUAUUCUCUAACUCGGCCUGAGCACAGAUAAGUGCGACUUUUCCGAGCGCUUGUUGCGUUUGUCGUGUUUUGUGGCUGCGUCUGCUUUUUUUUUUUUUUUUUUGGAAAAGUUGGGGCCGGACGACAACAUAUUCCAGUGUGGAGUAGAUAUGCGCUUUGUUGCAUUCACAAGUAUGCCAGCAAGAAACAACAGGAAAGCGCUGUGUUUCACCGCAGAUUUCGACAGCUAACACACUUUGGAAGAAAGCAAAGUCCUCGGCUGUGAAACUUUAAUAUGACUCGGGAUAACUUUUACUAAGUGUCGUCGAGAUUUCCUGCUGUGUGAAGAAGAAGGAGGAAAAAAAAGUUUGGGAUUGGCUCAAACUUCUUUUUUGUGACUUUGUGAACGCGACAUUUUCGGACACAUAAAGUUGACAGACUGUUUUGGGACAAUGGAUCCGAGCCAGCACAACCCUCCUGCCGGACACCAGAUCGUCCAUGUACGGGGCGACUCAGAGACCGACCUGGAGGCUCUUUUUAACGCCGUGAUGAACCCGAAAAACACUAUCGUGCCCCCUUCCGUACCCAUGAGGAUGAGGAAGCUGCCAGACUCCUUCUUCAAACCCCCUGAACCAAAGUCCCAUUCCAGACAAGCCAGUACCGAUGCUGGGAGCGGCGGAGCACUCACACCCCACCACGUCCGUGCACACUCAUCCCCGGCCUCCCUGCAGUUAGGAGCUGUCACUGGUGGCUCUCUGGCCGGCAUGCCCCCACCAGGUGCUUCCCCUCAACAUCUCCGUCAGUCAUCCUAUGAGAUUCCUGAUGACAUGCCCCUGCCACCAGGGUGGGAGAUGGCCAAGACCGCCUCUGGCCAGAGAUACUUCCUCAACCACAUUGAUCAGACCACCACUUGGCAGGAUCCUCGUAAGGCCCUGCUCCAGAUGAACCAGGCUGCCCCGGCCAGUUCUGUGCCAGUCCAGCAACAGAACAUUAUGAAUCCAGCCAGUGGUCCUCUCCCCGAGGGCUGGGAACAAGCUAUUACAUCAGAGGGAGAAAUUUACUACAUCAACCACAAGAACAAGACCACAUCCUGGCUUGACCCACGACUUGACCCGCGCUUUGCCCUGAACCAGCAGAGGAUCUCCCAGAGUGCUCCAGUGAAGCAGGGCCAGCUCCCUCCUGGAAUCAUGGGAAGUAACAACCAGAUGAGACUGCAGCAGAUUGAGAAGGAAAGACUGAGACUGAAGCAACAGGAGCUGCUUCGACAGAGACCACAGGAGCUCGCUAUAAGAAAUCAGCUGCCGACCAGUAUGGAUCAAGAUGGCAGCACGAACCCUGUGUCCUCUCCAAUGGCCCAGGAUGCCCGGACCAUGACCGCUAACAGCUCUGACCCAUUCCUCAACAGCGGGACCUACCACUCCAGGGAUGAGAGCACAGACAGCGGCUUGAGUAUGAGCAGCUACAGUGUCCCCCGCACUCCAGAUGACUUCCUUAACAGUGUGGAUGAGAUGGACACAGGGGACCCUCUUCCACCCUCCAUGGCAACACAGCCCAGUCGUUUCCCCGACUACCUGGACGCCAUCCCGGGAACAGACGUGGACCUGGGCACCCUUGAGAGCGAGAGCAUGGCGGUGGAGGGCGAAGAGCUGAUGCCCAGUCUCCAGGAGGCCCUGAGCUCUGACAUCCUCAACGACAUGGAGACAGUGCUGGCAGCUACCAAGAUCGACAAGGAGAGCUUCCUCACAUGGUUAUAGAAGAUCCGAGCAGGGCGCUCCUUCCUCCUCUCGCCACACUCUGAACUGCUGCCUGCUCUAAUCUGUGAAGGAGUCAUAGAUGCUUUUACAAGACAUUUCAGCGAGCCUCUCUGGACUUCUGUCUCUGUCUCGGCGUGUAAGGCCAACCUCUUGUGAGGCAGUAUUGUUCUUUUCUUUUCACUGGUGUGUUAUCUCUUUAUUUUGUCUGUGUCUUCAAGGCUGGCCCAUGAACAGACAAUUAACGCAAGGGUCCCCAAAUCUUUCACAGAUCUGUCAGUGAAUCUAGGGCAUCUUUACCUAGAGCAGGGGCCGCUCCUUACCCCUGGUCUCCCCUCAUAGCUGCGCUGGGCGGGUGCAUGUGCUCUAAUGCAAGACCUGCCAUCAUCAGUUAUCACCUGGAGUCUCUGGUGCCUCUCUUUUCUCUUGCAGUAUAGCGUGAACCAGCACUACUUAACUGCGUUUGGGACUAUUGCAUUUAGCUUGAGUAGCUUUAUAUUUGGCCUUGUACAUUUUUAUUCUUUUUUUUUGUUUGUUUUCAAUGAGCCUGAGAAACCAAAAAUGAUGUAUUUGAAGCAUAAAGAACAAUACUGAUUUGGAGUAAAGGUAAUGUGAGGCCCAGUUUGGACAUGUUGGCUUGUUGCUGGGUAGGGGGGGCGGGGUAGUGGAGUGAGAGUUGGAGCCUGGGGACCGACUACAUUGCUGCUUGGCUGUGCCAGCAAGUCUAAGUUAAACCUUUGAUAGAUCAAGUGCCUUCAGUUGUAUUUUUUGAGACGCGAGCAACACGAACAAUUACUAAGUUUCUGUAAUGCAGCGGCAAGCAUACGGCUGCGUUCAUUUACCACACUUUCCUCUUUCUACUGUUCAGUAAUCAAAGUUGUAUUUUUGUUUUAUAAACACAUUAUAAGGGGAUUUAGGGAUUUCUGUUUUUUUGGGUUUUUUUAAACCCUAGCUUCUAAGUAUCUCAGUCUUAUCCAAGCCUAAUUCAAGAUUCAUUCUUUUUAUCUUUUUAGUAUUCCUUUAUUUUUUAGGUUACUACAUAUGUAUGAUAGCUUAGAUCAAAUGGCAUUUUGCUUCUUGUUUUUCUUUCAUAGAUGAAUUAACACUUUUUUUAACAGGGUCGACUCUUAUCACAGCACAUCACUUCACCACCAUGAAGUCUGCCAAGACACAAUGAUUCAGUUUUGGCUAUUUGUUUUUUUAACCAUUUAGCUCCUCUUGUCUCUGAUUUACUAUAUACAUAUUAGUGUUAUUGUUUAUUUGUUGAUCACAUGCAGCUUUUUAAAACUAUCUUUCCUAAACAUUAACCAAAAAGGCAGAUCUCUCGGCUAAACAGAAACUACAGCUCUUUGAUCAAUUAAACCUUGUGACAACAUACAGAGAGGGGGCGAGGGUUAAAAUGUUUGACGCAGCCUUCCCGCAGAGGGAGCUGAAUCCCUCUGCACGACGCUGUGUGUUGAAACGAGGGGUUAACAGACCACAACUUGGACAAGUUUAAGCAGGUUUAAGAGUCAUGUCGAGGGGGUAGUGUAGAAGGCCAGGGUUUGACUGACAGCAGCGAGUUACGUGGAUUGUGGAUUUUUUUUUUUUUUUUUGGUGAAAUAAUUACGAAACAAUCAGUUAUUAUCUCAGUCAGGAAUUGUUGUGGCAGAUUCCAAAGAUGUUUUUUGUAAUGACGCUAACACUUAUUUUUGCUUCCAUUUUCACCGAGUCCAGAAAACAGUAUGAUUUGUAAAUCAGCCUCUGUAUGAACACACUGUAUAAGCUAAUGAGAAAAUGAUGUAGGUUUAAAGUGUUAAUGGACAUGUCUGAAUAGGUCUAGCUGAGAGAUUCUUUUUUAGAUGGUUGUUUUGAGUGACUAACCCCGAGAUUUUAAGGAUGAGGUUUCAGAACAGAGAAGCAAGUGAUUUUUCUAGAAGCGCUCACAUGUUUACAUUCUCUCUGAGUAAGAGACUGCUACAGCUGCAGUGGAGACAACACAACACACUGACAAUUCUCUCAUAAUCACAUUAUUGUCAUGUUUACACCAUGUCUACAUCUUUGCAUGUAACCUUUGAGUAAUCAGCCUGCCGUGCAUGCCCUUGGUUGAAGCCUCACAGGGUGUCACACUGAUUCUGUUGCCAACCAAUGCGUCAUUGGUUGCAUUAACUUGAUGGAUCAAUUUUUUUUUUUAGAUCAGAGAACAUGAACAAUUUUUUUUUUAUUCUGUGUGAGAAACCUGUUUUUAGUUUUGAUUUUACUGAUCAUUAAAUCAUGUGUUGAUGAUGGAUUUAAGAUGGAUAAACAGUGUUGGUGAGAACAAUGCAACUAAAAUGAGUGGUACACUACAGUGCUUGUAUUGCACGGCUACAGAGUUUUCAUUUUGAUGCAAUGACGCAUUUUGUCACACAAACCUGAUUUUAUGCUUACUUAGUGUGUAACUGUCAGAGCAUAUUAGCUGUUGACUGUCAUUGUAGCAGUAGAACUAAUCACACAAGUUAAAGGAUUUUGUAUUUAGAGUUUUCUAAAUGCACAUGAAAUGAAUUUAUAUUCAGUAAUGAUCUGUUCUUUUUUUUUUUUUUUUUGAUAGAUAUGUGCAUGUGUUUUAGAACAAUAAAUUCUGUUACAUUAUAUCUUGCUUCAUAUGAUACUUUGAAAUUGGCCUGAAAUAAAGUAUAUACUUUGUGGUAA